AUGUCAUCACCAUCUCACUUCAAAUCCUUUCUUUCUUUUCACAUCAAAUUCGAUUUCUUAAACUUUUUAAAAUGUUUAAGUGUUUUAAGUUUUUUUAACUUUUAUGUUCUUGCUGGUUAUAGUGUACAAGAUUGUGGAAUUGCUUGGGCUCCUAAUAUUCAACUUUUAGGUCAUCCUCCUAUUGGUCAUCCUGGGUAUUAUUGUAAGAAUAGUGGUGGGGUUGAAUAUGGUUGUGAAGUUUGUCAUACUUUACAACAAGGAUUCUGGCACGCUUGUCGUUGGAGACCUGCUUGGGGUGCAAGGUGUGGUGAUCAAGGUUUAAGUUGUGGUUAUAUGUCAACCGAUUGUACAGAUGAAAUAAUUUGUAGUAAAGGGUAUUCUUAUUACGGAGAAUAUGCUCAUUGUUGGGACGAUGAUCGGAGGUACAAAUGUGUGCCUGAUGGUAAUCAAAGACCUAUUACUCAUACUGUUUGUAGUAAGUGUUUACAAGGAACUGCUAAACAAUCUGGUGGACCGGUUUGGUAA